AUGUGGAACACAAAACUUACAAACACAGACGAGUCCAGAAGUCAGAAAAGCUGUAUUAUGGGUGUCCAGGGCGCCGCCGGCUCGGCGCGGCCUCCCUACGCCGCGGCCCUCGUCGCCCCUGCUCCUGGGUCGCGAGCGGGGCCGCCGCCGCCGCCGCCGCUGCCCCCGCCGCGGGCGCGGCAGGCGCGGGAGCACCCGCAGGCCCUGCUCUUGCGGCCGGCGCCCCUGCUCCUGGGGUCGUGCGCGGGGCCCCCGCCGCGGGCGCAGCCGGCGCGGGCGCCUCUGUGGGCCCUGCUGUCGCGGCCUGCGCUGCUCCUGGCGCCGCGAUCCAGGGCGACCAAGGCGCGGCCCCCUCCGCCACCCUUCCGGCCGACUUGGCCCAGCACGGCGCCGCUCCGGGGGCGCGGGCUGGGACCCUGCUGUACGGCCAGGCCUCCUCUGCCGCCGGAGGUGGGGGUGCGGGUGGUGCGGUCGUGCUGGCUGCUGCCGCUCCGGCCCUGCACCCCGCACUGGGGCCUCUGGCGCCGCCGCCUGCUGCCCCCUGCAGCCGGUGCUGCAAGUGCCGCCGCCGGCGCCGCACCUGGCGCGGCCGUGGCCCCUGGCCGCCGCCGCCGCCGCCCCUGCUCCUGCGACUACCGCGGCCCCUGCUGCUGCGGCCUGCCUCUCUGGCUACAAGUACUAUCUGGUGGUAGUUGA